AUGGCCGACCCAUACGCCUACAAGCGCGACACCAAGCUGCAAGCGCGGCUGAGCGCCGAGGUGGAACGGCUUGCCAAGCUGCCGGCAAACAGCGUGUGUGCGGACUGCGAUGAGCGCCGGCGCAUCCGCUUUGUCUCCGUCACGCUCGGCGUCUUUCUGUGCAAUCGCUGCUACGGCCUGCACCGCGCGCUCGGCGCUCACGUGACGCGCGGCAAGUGUCUCGGCCUCGACGCGUGGAAGCCGGAGGAGGUGGAGCUGCUGCGCGCGGUGGGUAACGUCAAAGCGGCAGCGCUGUACGAGGCCAGGGUCCCGCCAGACCUGCCGCGGCCAACGGCGGCCUCUCCCGACCGCGAGGUCGCUGCGUGGAUCCGUGACAAGUAA